UUCAUCAACAUGGAACCCAGAAAUCACACAGAUGUUUCAGAAUUCCUCCUCCUGGCAUUGACAGAGGAUCCAGAGCUACAGCCCCUCCUCUUGGGGCUGUUCCUGUCCGUGUACCUCGUCACCGUCCUGGGGAACCUGCUCAUCAUCCUGGCCGUCAGCUCUGACGCCCACCUCCACACCCCCAUGUACUUCCUCCUCUCCAGCCUGUCCCUGGCUGACAUCUGUUUAAGCACAACCACCGUCCCCAAGAUGCUGGUGAACAUCCAAGCGCAGAAUCAGCACAUCAGUUACACUGGCUGCAUCACCCAGCUCUGCUUUGUCCUGUUCUUUAUUGGUUUUGAAAACUGUCUCCUUGCAGCAAUGGCCUAUGACCGCUACGUGGCCAUCUGUCACCCCCUGAUGUACACGGUCGUCAUGACCCCCCGGCUCUGUGUUCUGCUCAUUCUGCUCUCUCUGCUCUUUAGUGCUGUGGAUGUUCUGCUCCACAGUCUGAUGGUGCUGCAGCUGACCUUCUGCAGGGACCAGGAAAUCCCCCACUUCUUCUGUGAAUUUGAUCAGGUCAUUAAGCUGAGCUGCUCUGAUACCUUCAUCAAUAACUUCCUGAUAUUUUUUGUGGUUGGCCUAAUCGGGGGUGUAACUAUCUUUGGGAUCAUUUUUUCUUAUGGUCAAAUUGUUUCUUCUAUUUUGCGAAUGUCAAAAACAGGGGGAAAGUAUAAAGCCUUUUCCACGUGUGGGUCUCACCUCUCAGUUGUCUCCUUGUUCUAUGGGACAGGUUUUGGGGUUUACAUCAGCUCUGCAGUUACCGACUCUUCCAGGAGGACUGCCGUGGCUUCAAUGAUGUACACUGUGGUCCCACAAAUGAUGAACCCCUUCAUCUACAGCCUGAGGAACAGGGACAUGAAGGGGGCCUUUAGGAAACUCAUCAGGAGAAUACCUCUCCUUUAG